AUGGUCAGGGAUCGUGUCUCCCCCUUCUUGGAAGAGCGCGACAUUUUUGUCGAUUCUAUGUGUGGCUUCAGGCCCAAGAAAUCUUCGCAGGACAUACUCCUACAACUACACCGCGAAGUACUUAAUCCCGUACAACACCCUCACAAUGACAAGAUCAUUCUAGCGCUUGACCUCAGGGGAGCCUUCGAUAACGUCAACCACAAAGUCAUCUUAGCUCACCUAAGUGCCACCAACUACGGCGAACGCACCUUCAACUACAUCCGACACUUUCUUACUGACAGAGCUGCAUACAUUCGCAUACAAGAUCAGGAGAACGGCCACUAUCCCCUAGGCACGCGAGGCACACCACAUGGCGCUGUGUUGUCGCCUCUGCUGUUCAAAUUAGCUAUGGCACAGCUCCCGGCCCGCUUGGCUGCUGUCGACGGGGUAAAGCAUGCGCUUUAUGCCAACGACAUCACUCUGUGUGUCACACAGGAAUGCCUGGGCAGCAUGGAGGACAGCCUGCAGACCACAGCCCAUAUAGUGGACGAAUAUGCAGCGUACUGCGGCCUCCAGUGUUCCCCACAGAAGUCUGAAUUCGCGCACCUUCGGCCGUCUGUGAAGUGCACUUCGUCCAUUAACCUUUCCCUGCAUAGUGUACCUAUUGAUGAGGCACAGGAGAUCCGUGUCCUUGGACUCCACAUUCACAAACACCGCACGGUCGAGACAACACUUCACAAGCUGCGUAAGUUUGGAGAACAUGUGGGCCGCAUGGUCCGCCGAGUCUCCAACAAGCGCGGUUGUUUCAAAAGCAAGGAUGCGCUUCGUCUCGCACAUGCUUUUGUCACUAGUCGCAUAUUGUAUGCGACUCCGUACCUGCACUUACGGAAGCACAAUGAAGAUUCUUCGGAGGUCACCCCUCGCAAAAUUGUCAAGAGAGCCCUAGAUCUCCUGAUCACUACUUCCAAUGCAAAACUUCUUGCCUUGGGAGUGAUAACCACCUAUGAGGAGCUCCGGGAGGCUCACCGAACAUAUCAAUACACGCGCCUGGCGCACACCCCCCUGUAG